AUGUCCUCGGCCAAGCUGUAUCCUCCAAACAACAAGUCACCCUCAUCCAGUCCUCUACCUCAACUCUUGCAAACACCUUCAGGUCUAGCUCUCCUGGAACUUCAAGGAACCGUCAAUCUACCCCAAGAUGCCAAUGGUGAUGCACUAGGCGGCGUCCAAGUUGGAAGACUUGACUUCCCAGAUUUCGUGCCAGAUGCUGAAGGCUCAGCAUGGAUGAAGCGUGUUCAUCUUUAUGUUGGCCAGCAUCAACGUCUCACCGGCGAGGUCAAAAAACUUCCAAAAGCAAUGGCCGUGGUGCGAAAAAGAGAGAACAAGGUGAUCUCCGGCACUGGGGGAGAAACACUAGAGCAGGGCGAAAAUCUUGAGGUAGUUGAAAUUGUCAAGUACAAGCUUAUGUUUCCAAACCGACCAGAGCCUGUCGGAACAGCCAAUGCGACCUGA